AUGUGCCAACAAUGGUUCUGCGUCUACGCCUGCGGGCACAAAGGUUUCUACCGCUACGACCCCUGUCCGGACUUCGGCACCAAGUGCUACGGCGCCGGCGGCGAGCAAAGCCUCUUCAGCGUGACCGAAACUUGCGACGAUUGCCAGUCGAGGGCCACGGAGCCGAACCCCGAGGGCAGGAAAGAUGAUCCGUAUCUCAAGGAGAAGAAGUACGUGCCUUGGAUUGUUAAUGAUUCGGCGGGUGGGAGUCCUGGGCAGGGGAAGUAA